GUUUCAAAAAGUUCUCGUAUGAGUUAUUGUUCUACACAUUUUACAGUAUGCCAAAAGACGAAGCACAGCUAUACGCAGCAGAUGAACUUUAUGAAAGAGGUUGGUUUUACCACAAGGAACUGAGAUUAUGGUUCUUCAGAGUUGGGGAGCCUUUGGUAAGAACAGCUGCAUAUGAAAGAGGAACAUACGAGUGCCUCGAUCCAAACUCGUUCAAAACAGUCAGAAAGGAACAUUUUGUUGUCCAGUACGAGCACAUGGAAAAGAGACCAAGCUUGCUGCAGCAUUGACUUCAAGUAGGUUUGUUCAA